AUUGUGACAAUUUCACGUAUUCCGAAUCCUUUCAAAUAAUGUCGGAAUCGGAGAAAUACACUUUGGAAACCUUACAUUUUUACCUCUACUCCAUCUCUACCCCUAUUGUGUGUUGCAUCGGUUUCCUGGGAAACAUCUUAAACAUUGUUGUUUUUACCAAGAAAAAGAAGAGCACUGGCGGAAUGGACGAUAUGGAAAACUGUUCCACGGUUGUUCUUCUUGCUCUGGCGGCGUCCGAUAUGUUAUUCUGUUUGACAGUAUUUCCGGUUGUUUUCCAAGAUCCUCGAAAAAAGAGUUAUCAACAUACUGAUUUUAUGCUGUUCUACAACCUGUAUAGUAAUACAAUAAUCAGCGUGUUUAUACUGAGCAGCACCCUGUUGACUGUACUUGUGGCGGUGAUGAGAUUUCUUGCUAUCUGUCAUCCUUUCAGGGCUAGACGAGUUAUCACUGUCAAACGCUCCGUUUUGGCUAUUGGUAUACUAUUUCUUUUUUCUGUGGCUUUCAAUUUGCCUUCCUUGUGGCAGCGCAAGACUAUUCAUUGCAUGCACAACUACGUUAAAAUAAUAAAUAACGAUUCAGCUGAUGACUCGUUUAUGUAUAUUCAAAAAAUACUGUGGGCAAUUGUCGGGAAUUUUAUUCCUCUACUAAUCUUAUUUUUCUGUAACAUUCACUUAAUACGAGCAAUACGAAGCAGCGAGCACCUCCAACAGGCCCACCACUGUUCCGAGCCCACUCGUUCUUCGUCACAUCGCCGAAUCAAUAUAGCGAUGAUCGCAAUAAUCACAUGUUUCUUUAUCCUUGUGGCACCUUCUGAGUUUACCAAGUUCAUUGCCCUUCUCGGAAACAACAAUAGAUUUGUCUUUUUCCUCGUGUCCUAUGUGACCAAUACACUCCAGUGCGUAAACUUUUCGAUCAAUUUCGUGUUGUAUUACAUAAUUAUUGCCCCAUUUCGUAAAAUUUUGCGUGAUAUCAUGUGCACAUUUCCCUCGUCCAGAGGGCGAAAGAAAGGACCACCACAGCUGUUGGUUGAGGUAUCCACAAAGGAACGUCAUCACUUAUUUUUACUUUAUAGUCUUAAAGAAAUUCGGCACCUAAAGUAAACUCAAAUUAUCAUAACUACCAAAUUUUAAAAGAUUUCUAUUUGUGAAACUAAUGUUAAUGCCGCGUUUGAUUUCAUGUAUUGAUUGAAGAAUUGCAUGUACCAAAAUUAGAAUUACAUUGUAUAUACACAUGAAAUGUGCUUUUAGCUACUUUAUUUCAUCCUUAGUACUUAUUGAAAUUCUGUGAUAUCAAUUUUUUCAUGGUCGAUAUCUUGCUUAAUUGUUCUCUCUCCAGUCAUAAUUCAAAUAAAACAAAUCGUUUUUCUCUAAUAAUAUUAAAAGUAAAUAAGUAUGGUUCCAAAGUGAAUUUAGACAUUUUAAAAGUAUCCCUUUUCAUAAAUUUGCAGGGUAACCUUCAAGGCCGAGAAAUAUUUUGAAAUGUAAAAGCCGAGGCGUUAGCUAAAGUUUUUAUAUUUUAAACAUUUCGACACCAUUAUGAUUUCCAAUGUGUAUUUUCAUAAACCUACCACACGGAAGAGGGUAAACUUGUCUUUGUAUCGUCAUCUUUGCUUACAUGUGUAUCUCUGUACUUAGACGACCGAUUUUUUGUUUAUUAAUGUCCCUCAGUCAUUUAUGAUGGUUUGUAUCAUGUACAUGUAUAUGAAUUAAUUUUAUGAUAAUGAAA